AUGGAGAAAGACCUCUCGUCUCUUUACUCUCAGAGAAAGAAUGAAGGGAAUAACGGAACGGGCUUUAGCAUCAAAUUAUUCAAAUCUGUUCUCGAUGCCUCAUCACAAAGGGGCCAUUCACUACUCGACGAUGACCAAUCGCUUUCAAAAUGGACAGAUGAUGUGUUUACUCAAUCUGUGAUUUAUCGCGGUUCAGACAAUUUGAUAUGGGGCGAAUUCCUUAUCUGCGUGUACAAGUCGCCCCGAAGCAAUGAACUAAGUGCUAUAGUGUUCGAUAAAUUGGGUACGUCAUGCUUUGAAUCUGUGGACAUAUCUUCAAGUUCGCAGUACUAUCCGGCUGUAGAGAACUUGAGUCCCAGUGAUCAGGAGAGUAAUGUCAAGAGAUGCAUCGCAGUUGUCUUGCUGCAACGUUAUCCCUUACUCUCUCCAUCUGAUGUAUCGCAAAUCUUGUCCAGCACGUCGGAAAACUGCGACUAUGACCCCCCUCAUGCUGGAGACUUGGCUAGCAGUUGCCAACUGAUAACGGCAGUGCCUCCGGAGGACGUGGGUAAGCGGUUGUUCGCAUCAGGAUUUCUUCGAAAUAAGCUUAUCAGUUCCGCUCUGCUAGACGUUGUUUACAAAAAUAAUGAGUCUACCAUUGAACUCAAUAAUAGGCUAGUAUUUCAUCUAGGGAAGCAACUUGAGCAGCUUUUCAAUCCGGUGACAGAAUACUCACCAGAACAAACAGAGUGUGGUUACAAGGCCCCAGAUGAUGAAAGUCCUACUGAAUCGGAUGACGUCCUUGUGAAGGCCAUCUGCAACGAGCUGUUGCAAUUGCAGACAAAUUUUACUUUCAACUUAGUAGAAUUUUUACAAAAAUUCCUGAUCUCUUUGAGAGUGAGAGUGCUUAAUGAGGAGAUCAAUGGACUAUCUACUAUGAAAUUGAACCGACUUUUCCCGCCCACGAUAGAUGAAGUUACAAGAAUCAAUUGCAUAUUCCUGGACUCCUUGAAGACAGCGACCCCUUACGGAUCCCUGGAAGUGCUCAAAGCAUGUAGUAUGACCAUUCCUUAUUUCUAUAAAGCAUACACAAGACAUGAAGCAGCGACAAAGAACUUCAGCAAAGACGUCAAGUUAUUCACCAGACAUUUCAGUAAUGCGAUUCCAGAAAGGGACAUUUAUACGGAAAUGAAAAUCGAAAGCAUAAUCAGGGGACCCCAGGAAAAACUUCUGAAAUUAAAACUAAUCGUGGAGAGGUUAUGGAAGUCCAAGAAAUGGAAGCCUGAAAACCAGGAAAUCGCCAAAAAAUGUUACGAAAAUGUCAUAGAUGUCAUUGAUUCGUUUGGAAAGUUAGACUCGCCCAUUCAUUCAUAUAAUACAAGAGUAUUUACGCCAUCGGGGAAAAUUCUCACAGAAUUAGCCAAAUGUUGGCCUGUAGAACUACAGUACAAAUGGCUGAAAAGAAGAAUUGUCGGCGUCUAUGAUGUAGAGGAUAUAAACGAUGAAAGUAAGAAAAAUUUAUUGGUCAUAUUUAGUGAUUAUGUUGUCUUCAUCAAUAUACUAGAAGCGGAGAGUUAUUACACAUCAGAUGGAUCGAAUAGGCCUCUAAUCUCAGAUAUUUUAAUGAACUCACUAAUCAAUGAGGUUCCAUUGCCCGCCAAAAUACCUAAGUUGAAAGUGGAGCGCCAUUGCUAUAUAGACGAAGUCUUGGUUUUCAUACUGAACGAAAGCACAUUGCGGUUUGAUUGCUUAAAGGGAAAAGAUUCUUUUUCGAUUGUUUGCAAGUUAUCUUCGGCUUUUAUCUCCUCUUCUUCAGUUGCCAAUUUGAUCACGAAGGCUAGAAUAUUGGAAAAAGAUACCGCGUUUCAUCUUUUCAAGGCUAGUAGAAAUAAUUUUACAUUAUAUUCCACUGCACAUGAACUUUGCGCUUACGACACUGAGAAAAUAAAAUCAAAAUUCGCCUUAUUUUUGAAUAUACCACCAUCUGAGGAGAUAUUGGAACUCAACAACCUCCACCUAGCUUUGUUUGCAAAAUUCUGUAGAUAUGGUGAUGGCAAUAACCUCGUAUGCUUGGACAUUUUAACUAAACAUGAGAUUAAACAUGUCGAAAUUACACCCGAUAACAUUGUUUCCACCAUAAUUAAUCAAUUGGCUAUUGAAAUACCAAUAUGUUAUUCCUCUUUGAAAUCACCUAUGCUCAAGGACUUGCUUUUCGUAAAUGAAAAUCUGAUAAAGAAUUUAGAACACCAACUAAAAGAUGUCAGGCGCGAUUCUGCUAAAGGACUUGAGGCUGCCGGCAACGAGAUUAACAAUGUAUUCAAUUUAGGUGCCACCCACGAAAAGAAAAGAUCAUACGGUACAAUAACAACAUUUAGAAGCUAUAGGAGCGACUUGAAGGUGAGUUCACCGGCAGAUAAGGGUGAAUCUUCAAAGAAAACUAAGCAAACAUCACUGGUGAAACCGGCAAAUAAACCAAGGGGAAUUCCUAAGAAAACAGAAAUAGCAAGAAAUGAUUUUAGGGCAGACCAUAUAGGUAAAAAAUCAAUUAAGAAAAGCAAUGGAUUUUUUGGUGUACUGAAAAACGUUUUUGGAAAUAAGAAAAAAAGUAAGUCUCUACCAAGUCAAAGUGGUACAAAUAAGGGAUCACAGACACUUCUCAAGCCGCCAGCAAAGAAACAAGUGGUUUCCGAAAAGAAGUCCUCCACCAAAAUAGCUGCUGUUUCAUCACCUAAAAAGAAAAAGAAACGCACUUCUUAUUCCAGAGAGGAAUCUCGAAAAAACAGGCCCUCUCCUGAAGAACUCAAAUCACCCGAUGUUAGCAAAGGUCCAUAUCCUCAAGGAGAUGUCAGAAUAUCUUCAGUGAUACGAGACACAAAAUUCGGCCCCCAUAGCUUCCCUCAACCUGCGGCUGAUAGUAGUGAAAGCGAAAAAGAUACGGAGCGAGAAGAAGGUCAAAACUCAAGACAGGACUCCCCCUCGAAUCUCAUAGUCAUGGGACAAUCAUUUUUAUAUUCUGGGAAACCAAAUGUUGAAACAGAGGAUAAAAUAACGAAGAAGGUACCGUCGCAAAUUCCUGAAAAAGAGGUAUUAUUAAAGCCCGUUCAUGCGCCCACGGCCGAUAAAGUGAACACAAUUUCAACCAAGGAAAAGAAACACGAUGUUCGAAACGAAGCCCGACGUAUUGGAGAUGUUGUAAACACGGAUGCUGAUGACGAACACAAACAAAAUGAAAGUAGACUGUUUAACGAUGAUUUGUUCGGUGAUUUUAUUCUUAAGCAUUCUGAUGAUGAGGAAAGCGGCAUUAUUGGCUCGAAUCAUCUGUUUCAAAAAGAAGAUCUCCUUAAAGAAAAGAGAGUAUUAAAUACCAGCUCUAAUAUUUCUUCAAGAACUGAUGAUAACGCAUCCACAUUGAUGCGAAAACCUUCCUUACAAAUGAGUAAAGUGCCGACAAAAAAUUCUAGCGGCCCAAAAGAUACUCAGAAUGAAUUCAAGAGCACAAUGUCGGAAGAAGAUUUCAAAUAUAAAGCACCAAAGAUAGAGACGACCAAAGCAAAAAAUGUAGAAAAAGAAAGGAAUGCGAAGCAAGAAAUAUUUCCCACUAUUCCAAGGUUAACACCUCCAGCUUCAAAGAUAAGCUUUCAAAGAUCACCAUCAUAUAUUGAGUUGUUUCAAGGUAUGAGAGUAGUUUUAGAUAAGCAUGAUGCCCACUAUAACUGGAAGCGCUUGGCCAGUCAAGUGUCCUUGAGUGACGGUCUGAAAGUCAAUACUGAAGAAAAUGUUACAAUGGCAUAUAAAUCUCAUGGUGAUACCGAUGUGGAAAGAAUGACCCAAAUUUCUGAAGUUAUUGAUGAUAAAAUACAGCAACCUAUACCCACUCACUUGCCUAAAAGGGACUCGGAUAAUUCGAGUAACGGCAAUAGCGAUGACGAAUUCUUCGAGAUUGAGGACGAAUUGAAGGAAGAACUGAAGGGUGGUGUCGAUACCAUAGAAAAUUCUGGUGGUAGGAGUCAACUCAAUCAGGUCCCAAGGAUUGCAAAGCCUCCGGUAUUCAAGGUCAUUAAAAAAUCGCCCGUACGAAUUAUCGGUAAGACCUUCGAAGGUGUCAUAAAAUAUGAGAACAGUUCUCCGUCUGAUGCUUCAUUUACAUAUGAUACACACAAUGAGGAUGAACCAGACAAAAGAUUAAUGGAACUAAAAUUCCCCUCUCAAGAAGAAAUUCCGGAUGACAGAUUUUAUACUCCAGCAGAAGAACCUACCGCUGCAUUUCCUGUGGUUGAGUCUUCAAACAGUUUGGAAAAUGGUGACGUUGCAACCAUCAAUAACAAGACAGCAGACGAUAAAAAUUGUAGCAAUAACGAACGUAGACCAACUGAACUGUUGGAUGAUUUAGAAUUUAGUUCAUUCAAUAUAGCAUUUGGAAAUUCUUCGAUGAGCACGGAUAAUAUCAAAGUGGCGUCCGAUUGGAGUUCAAAUAAAACAGUUCUAGAAAAUCCUGCGAAGGGUCAGGAGUCUCCCAAUGGGCCGUUAAUCUAUGUUUUGCCCCAUAAUAGUACAAAUCGUGAGAAAGAUGGAUUGCUUCAGAAGAAGGACAAUGACGAACCUAUUUGGGUCUCGCCUAGUAAAAUAGAUUUUAUGACUUUGAGUAAAAGAGCUAAAGCAUUGUCACCGGAACGCAAUACUGCUCCUGUGAAAAAUAACAACGGCAGAAAAUACAAAAAUACUGCAGAGAAAUCUAUCGGCAACAUGACACAUAUAUUGUUAUCUAAGGAUGCAUCGUACGCAUAUUUGACUGAUUUUGUUUCCUUAAGUGAAAAUGAAGGUGGAGAUGGGAAGGAAAAUUGUGUGGCUGACGGCCCAGAGAGACUCAGAUUUUAUUGA